UCAACAGUUCAGUUCAGUUGCAGCUGAACCGCGGUCAACGUCGAACGUCUUCUUCCGGAUAAGCUACGAGGGAAGUUUUGUGUGUGUGUGUCAUGCAAGUUUUGUAAGAUGGAAGUUGGUGGUCAGAGGAUGCUAGCUUACAGUGGUGCCACAGUUCAGGAACACCAGGAAACGGGAGUAGCCGCUUCGGAAUCGAGCUAUUUCCAGCAGUUCUUCUACCCACAACAGCGAAACCUGGUCCAGAUUCCACUGGAUCUGUCGCUGCGACAACCGGGCGAUGUCCCGAUGACUCCACCGACGACGCCGUCGCCCCCGCGAAAGCGUACCAAAGUGUCCGCGACUACCUCCGGUGAAGAUGUCCGCAGCGGUCAGUUCUCCGACACUCCGGUCUGCAUCGACAACAAGAAGUACUUUGCUAACACCGGACAGCACUUCCGAUACUUUGACGAUUCGGCACGGCUACCACCGUUCAAGGCGUUCCGCGAACCUCCAACGGAACCGCAAGCGGAAGAGUUCAUCGAUAUCACCGGCCAGGAGGAGGAUUCCAACGUGGACGUCGAAUCCCUGGAAGAUCGAGAAGAGGAAGACGACGACGACGACGACAGCCAGCAGUCGAUCAACAUCGUUGACAGCGAAGACAAGGAGAACGAAGCUGCCGUACUAGUAGAUGGUCAGCGGUACUUUGAGAACGAGAAGCUUCACCUGCAAGCCAUCGAAGGAUUCGCCCAGCUCUUCGAACGCAGCUUCGUCGGAUACGAUCGUCCGCGUCCUUCCAACAAACAACCUCGCCCGAAGGCCGAACGCCGACGGAUCAAGACCCGGAAGCAGCUGGUCGAUGAAGACAACACCAGCCCAGUGUCCGGAACCCUUAUUCGCAAACUUGCCGAUGGCGAAGAGCUCGUCGUGCGCAAAGGAGACAUCGACCCGGCUUUCAACGUGGUCGAAAUCACCGACGAAGCGAAGGAACUCCUGUCCAAGAUCGACAACAAGAUCGGAUCGUACCUCUGUCAGCUGUGCCGAGCCCUGUACGACGACGCGUUCGGAUUGGCCCAGCACCGAUGUUCCCGGAUCGUGCACAUCGAGUACCGAUGUUCGGAAUGUGAUAAGGUGUUCAACUGUCCGGCAAAUCUGGCCUCGCAUAAGCGCUGGCACAAGCCGAGGGGAGUUGGUGGUGAAGGGGGAGGAAGAAAGGGAGGGAAAGUUAGUGAGGGAAGCCGGAAGAGCCAGGAUGAUGAGUGCAUCGAGAUUGUGGAUACGGAAGCGGACGGAGAGAGGCAGCAGCAGAAACAACAGAUGGAACGACAGGAUUCGGUGCCGACGGAAGUGGUUGUGGAGCGGCAGGAGGAAAGUUACGGCUGUGGCCAGUGUGGGAAGAGCUUUCGAAGGCAAAGUUACCUUAAGAAACACCUACAAUCCCAUCAAUCCCAGCUGGACUCCUCAACAACGUCGCCAUCCCGUUCCGUCAACGGCACUUCCGCCUCCAGCGCACCAUCCGGUAGUGCCAUGCUGUCGGCGGCCACACUGGUCCACCAAAAUGCCGCUGCGGCCGCAGCACUCUUUUGCGGUCAACCCUCGACGACGCUUUCCCACUCGUCCCAAGCUAGUCCUCUCACCAACGGUCACGUCCACCACGGUCCGUCGGCGUCGUUCGUCCGGAACGGACUGUUCCCGUUUGCCAGUUAUGGCAGUGGCCACUUUACGAAGGAUUUGGCCGGAUAUUCGGAGCUGGAAAAGCGCCGCUGGCAGUCGCUCAGUGAGCUGUACCUGCAGCAGCGGGAACGGCUUUCGGCGUUCCAGUAUGUGCGGCACCACCAGUACGAGGACUACUUGAAAAGCUUUCAACCGUUCCAGUUUGGGCGGGACAAGACCUGACAGAACGUGUUGCGGCCAGUGCCGCGUCUCGCUGCACCGGUCUGGCCGCAUGGACAGCCCGUUCCGGGGGCGUCAUCGUCGUCGACCAGUCCCAGUGAACCGCAACAACCGGUUGUAGUGAGUCAAACGACACCGCCAGUGGCGCCACCGACGGCAGCAGCUCGCAUUAUUGAGCAUGUUCAUCAAAAUACUGUGUAUGAGCGACUGGAGUGAAGAAAGUUGGUGAUUGUUAGGCAAAAAUGGUUAGUUUUUGGAAAGUGAAUCUUAAGUAACCAAAUUACCGAGGUUCAAAUUUCGAAAGUAAGUGUGAUCGUUCGCUAGAUUUCCCGUAGGACCGUGUUAUGAAUAUUUGGUAAGUCCCCUUUUGUUUCAAUCGAAAUCGAAUCUCCGUGACAGACUGUGUACAUAGGGUGAACCGUGGAAACCCCCUCUCGGUAAAAAGAAGUGAGAAGGAAUCAAAUAACAUCAAUAAACGACCUUUUGAUAGCGCAUUAUAGUAGCAAUAUAAUCAGUUUA